CCCGCCCGCCUCUGCCUGCUGGCCCUGGCGCUGCCGCUGGCGCUGCCCGGGCGCGGGGCCGCCGCCGAGCCCGCCCGCACCGUCUACACCAACCACUGGGCCGUGCGGGUGCGGGGGGGCCCCGCCGAGGCCGCCCGCCUCGCCGCCGCCUACGGGUACAUCAGCCUGGGGCAGAUUGGAAGCUUGGAAAACUACUACCACUUUCACCACAGCAAAACAUUUAAGCGCUCCACGCUGAGCAGCCGGGGACCACACAACUUCCUCCGCAUGGACCCCAAGGUGGACUGGCUGCAGCAGCAAGAGGUGAAGAGGAGGGUGAAGAGGCAGGUCCGAGGGGAGCCACAUGCCCUGCCCUUCAACGACCCGGUGUGGCCCAACAUGUGGUACCUGCACUGCAGUGAUAAAAACAGUCGGUGCAGGUCGGAGAUGAACAUCCUGGCAGCUUGGCAGAGGGGCUACACGGGCAAGAAUGUGGUGGUCACCAUCCUGGAUGACGGCAUAGAGAGGAACCACCCCGACCUCCUGCAAAACUAUGACCCUCUUGCAAGCUACGAUGUUAAUGGGAAUGACCAUGACCCAACUCCACGCUACGAUGCCAGCAAUGAGAACAAGCACGGCACUCGCUGCGCGGGGGAGGUGGCGGCGGCGGCGAACAACUCUUACUGCAUCGUGGGCAUCGCCUACAACGCCCGCAUCGGAGGCAUUCGUAUGUUAGAUGGAGAUGUAACAGAUGUUGUUGAAGCGAAGUCACUUGGCAUCAGACCCGAUUACAUUGACAUUUACAGCGCGAGCUGGGGGCCAGAUGAUGAUGGGAAGACAGUUGAUGGACCUGGUCUAUUGGCCAAACAGGCUUUUGAGCAAGGCAUUAAAAAGGGUCGCAGGGGACUGGGAUCCAUUUUCGUUUGGGCGUCGGGGAACGGUGGCAGAGAGGGUGAUUACUGUUCCUGUGAUGGCUACACCAACAGCAUCUACACCAUCUCCAUCAGCAGCACCACUGAGAAUGGCUACAAGCCCUGGUACCUGGAGGAAUGUGCCUCCACCCUCGCCACCACCUACAGCAGCGGGGCAUUUUACGAGCGGAAAAUUGUCACCACGGAUCUCCGGCACCGCUGCACCGACGGCCACACCGGCACCUCCGUGUCUGCCCCGAUGGUGGCGGGCAUCAUCGCCUUGGCUUUGGAGGCAAACCCCCUGCUCACCUGGAGGGAUGUCCAGCACCUGCUGGUGAAAACCUCACGGCCGGGGCACCUGCGAGCACCUGACUGGAAAACCAAUGGAGCAGGGCAUAAAGUUAGCCAUCUAUAUGGCUUUGGGCUGGUGGAUGCUGACGCUAUUGUGGUGGAAGCCAAGAAGUGGAAGAUGGUUCCUCCCCAGCACAUCUGUGUGGGAAGCCUGGACAGGGUGCCCAAGUACAUCCGAGCUGACCACGUGCUGCGUGCCAGCACCCUGAGCAGCGCCUGCGCCGAGCAGCGGGACCAGCACGUGCUGUACCUGGAGCACGUCGUGGUGAGGCUCAGCAUCGCUCACCCGCGCCGGGGGGACCUCCAGAUCAGCCUCAUCUCUCCAGCUGGGACACGGUCACAGCUCCUCGCCAGGAGGGUGUUUGACCACUCCAACGAAGGCUUCAAGGGCUGGGAGUUCAUGACUGUCCACUGCUGGGGGGAGCGGGCGGCGGGAGAGUGGACCCUGGAGAUCCACGACACGCCAUCCCAAGUGCGCAACCCCGCCGUGCAAGGGAAGCUGAAGGAGUGGAGCCUCAUCUUCUACGGGACAGGCGAGCACCCCUACACUGCACUGAGUGUGCCCCAGUCCCGGGGGAGGUCACUGGAGGUGCCAACAUCAGAGAUGGAGCCAUCGAGAGCUGCCUUCCUGCAGAGCCAGGUGGAGGUGGCAGAGGAAGAGGAGGAGUAUGCGGGUCCAUGCCACCCUGAAUGUGGUGACCAGGGCUGUGAUGGCCCCAACGCCGACCAGUGCUUGAACUGCAUCCACUACAGCCUGGGCAGUGUGAAAACUGGCAGGAUGUGUGUGAGCUCGUGCCCCGCUGGGUUUUUCGGUGACAACGGUGCCAGGAGGUGCCGGCGGUGCCACAAGGGCUGCGAGCGCUGCGUGGGGAGGGGACCGAGCCAGUGCACAGCCUGCAAGAGGAACCUCUACCACCAUCCUGAGAUGGGCACCUGCGUGGUGCUCUGUCCACCCGGCUUCUACACCGAGGAACGUCAGAAACGCUGUCUGAAAUGUCAUCAAAGCUGUAAAAAAUGUGUUGGCGAAGCAGACAAAUGUACUGCAUGCAAAGAGGGAUUCAGCCUGGCAGGGGAGAGCUGUGUGCCAGAGUGCCAGCCUGCCAUGUACCUCAGCCGGGAGCCCCGGCAGUGUGAGACCUGCCCCGCCAGCACAGGACCAGGUGAGGAGGACUGUACCCCCUGCAACCCCGAGGGCCCUGGACCCCACUGGCGCUGUGUCCCUGCCUGCCGUGAGGGUUUCUACCCCGCUGACAGCCACGGGCUGCCCAACAAAGUCUGCAAGAGGUGUGAUGACCACUGCUCAGCCUGCGAGGGCUCCAGUGGGAACUGCCUCAGGUGUAAGGAAGGUUACAGCCUCCUCAGUGGCUCCUGUGUGACAAAUGAAACCUGUACCAAUGCUGACAAGACUUUCUGUGAGAUGGUGAAAUCAAACAAGCUCUGUGAAAAGAAGCUGUUUGUGCAGUUCUGCUGUCAGACGUGUCUUAUGGCCGGGUAA